AUGAAAAUUUUCGCGAGUAAACGUCUCCGUCAAGGAAUCUCUAGGGUCUACCCUGCGUUGACGUUCCUAUCACGACCACCCUCCUCAACGAUGAUGAUUAAAUCUCAGUCUGAAGAAAACCUAAGCAAACUGAGCGAGUGUAUGGACAAUAUGGAUGACGAUGUCUCGAAGAUGUUCAUGGAGUGUCAUCAGACAGACUUCCGUCAAGACCCCGAGUUGAUUCGUCUUCUCAACGAUUACUUCACCACAAGCAAAGCAGUCACCGAGCUCUGCGAGUCUCUGCGUAAGUGCUUGGAGAGAGCCGAACAAGACGAGUGUUUCUUGAUCGACGAGACGUUACGUGAUUUCCACGAGGAGGAGAAAAACAAAUCCAGCUUCAGGAAAACAUUCCGAGACCUCACGAAGUUGAGCAACGACUACGGAGAUGAUGUUUUCUCCGGUGACUUUCUCAGGAAGCUUGAGAUCUGUCACCGAGAUUUGGGCAAGAUGAUCAUGAAGCUAGAGUCUACGAUGAAAGAAAUCGACAAGAAGCUGAGACGCUUACGAGGAGGGAGAGCGAUGGUUGCGGCGGCGAUACUUGCUCUAGUGGCCGUGGGAAAAAUCGUGGCCGGAAUCUUUGUACCUGUUCCGGUUGAGGCAGUGACUAAGUUCGCUGCUUCGAGGUGGAGGGAGUCGACGGAGACUCUGAAGCGGGAAAAGACGGCUGUGACGUCGAUGGAGAGAGCAACGAUGGUGGCUCUCAAGGAAGUUGAGAAGAUGAGUAGACUGGUGAAUAGGUUAGAGGCGGUGGAGAGAUCCAUUAGACUAAAGGCGGACAUCGCCGUUAAUAGACGGUCGUCGGUGGCGUUUGCUAUGGGAGGGAUGGAGAAGGAACGGAAGGUGUUUAAGUCAACGCUCGUUGAGUUAGACAGAGAGACCGGACGGUGCGAUGGGUUUGUGGAGUUUGGGCGUACAUUGACUCGGGACAAGAUCUUUCAGUUUCUGUCUUGCGGUGAGAAACGGUAA